AUGGAAAGUGUGGUAGGCCCGCACGACACAACAGGAUACCAAAGUGGGAACACGUUUAUGUCAGUGGCGAUACUGCUCUCUAACCAAGUGCCAGAGAAGGUUAAAAAGUAGAUCUGGGCAAAUGAAUUUGUUGACUUUGCAUUGCUACUGCCCAGUAGUCCUAAUGAUACAGGUCGAGGACCGGAAGUCCUCAUCAUAAAACUUUCAGUUAGCCCCUGAUGUAGCCAAUUCCCUAAUGACCGUGGCAUAUUUCAUUAGAGAGGGGGUGUCCCCGGGUGACCGGGUGGCAUAAGUAGCUAAAUAUGUCUGAAAUGCCGACAUCCACUGAUCGAUAUUACUUACCAUUUGCUUCUUACUACUCGGGGCAAGCAUCAUACAGAUGGUGGCCCAACGUCUUUAUUUUACUUUGCGUUAUUUUUCUCACUUAUACAUUGUCCGUGACUGUGCUCACAUGGAGGGUGGCUCCUCCUAAAUUGGUAUAGGAUUUAAUGGAGCCGAAACCAAUUGUGGAAUUGCACGCACUUUAGGCAUCCUACUGAUGAACAGUGGCGACACGUAGAUAUAUAUUUUUUAGCAACUAAGAUAAUUUGCAGUCUGUCUACUUUGAAUACACUUAAGGUAGAAACUACUAAAGGAGGGCCACCAUCUGUAUGGUGCUUGCCCCGAGUAGUAAGAAGCAAAUGCUAAGUAAUAUCGAUCAGUGGAUGUCUGCAUUUUAGACAUAUUUAGCUCCUUUUGCCACUCGAUCACCCGGGGACACCCCCGCUCUAAUGAAAUAUGCCACGGUCAUUAGGGAAUUGGCUACAUCAGGGGCUAACUGAAAGUUUUAUGAUGAGAACUUCCGUAAACUAAGGGAAUCUCAGGGUGCUCCAUGGGAUCAAAUUCAUUCAGAGCUGUGGCUAAGGUCCCAGUCCUUUCGGACCACCACAGGGAGCCAGCCUAAGAGAGCUAAACAUGAAGGCCCCUACAUUCCCAAAGGGUUUUGCUGGAGGUUCCACAGGGAUGUCUAUUGUUCAGGAUGCUCCUAUAAACACCAGUGCUUCCACUGUGGAGAGUCCCAUCCUGUCACCAGAUGCCAGCAACCAAGACCAUCCCCGGGCCAUGGGAAAAAACCUGCUGCUUCCAACAACAGAAGCGCUCCCAACACCAGUUCGAGUUAAGAGGCUGUUAUUUUAUUUAGAGGGCUAUGAUGCCCAUUGUUAUAAAGAAUUAUUAUCAGGUUUUGUU